AGAUUAUAGCUUUAAAUUCAGAGGAGGCAUUGGUGGUGCAACUCCCGGAAAACAAAUUUUUCAUCUGCAAUAUCUCACCAAAAAUUCCCAGUAACGGUUUGUGCGAAAUGAAUAAGAUUUUCACAAAAGACUCAGAUAAUCGUGUUGAUCUCGAUAAGCCACUAUGGGACCAAAGUACAUUCUUGGGGCGAUUUAAGCACUUUGCAUGGAUCACAGACUCACGGACAUGUCUAACGUCCACAACAGAGCUCAACAAGGCCAAGGCAUUGAUUGAGGCUUACAGGUCUGGAAAUGAGCCAAAGGGUACCACGAGGGAGGAGGUGAUCUAUGCUAGGAAACUCUAUGAGAGUGCAUUCCAUCCAGACUCAGGGGAACUGCAGAAUGUUUUUGGGCGGAUGAGUUUCCAAGUGCCCGGGGGUAUGUUGCUCACCGGGGCUAUGCUACAAUUUUAUCGCACAACAUCAGCUGUUGUCUUCUGGCAGUGGGCCAACCAAUCGUUCAAUGCCCUGGUGAAUUAUACAAAUAGGAAUGCAAAUUCCCCAAUGACAGUCAAUCAGAUGCUUAUGGCCUAUGCGACAGCAACUACGAGUGCUCUCGUCACGGCCAUCGGAUGUAAGAGUAUGUGGCAGAAGCGGGCAGGACCCUUCAUUCAGCGCUACGUUCCUUUUGCCGCCGUUGCGGCUGCAAAUUGCGUCAAUAUACCCCUAAUGAGGCAAAAUGAGCUCAUCCAGGGAAUUGAGGUAAGUGAUGAGGAUGGAAAUAUCGUGGGAAGGAGUCGCAUUGCGGCUGCCAAAGGAAUCUCUCAGGUUGUCAUCUCGAGAAUUACAAUGGCAGCUCCAGGAAUGCUAAUCCUUCCGGUGAUUAUGGAGCAAUUGGAGAAAAUUGCUUGGUUCCGUCGGAUGCACAUCCUUCAUGCGCCCUUCCAGACAGUCGCCGUUGGGUGCUUUUUGUCCUUUAUGGUUCCCACGGCGUGUGCGCUCUUCCCACAAAAAUGUUCACUGAAUGUGAGUAUAAUUGAACGAUAUGAGGAGGAUUUGUACAAGGAUAUUAAAACAAACACCAAAGGAAAACCACCCACAGUGGUGUAUUUUAACAAAGGACUCUAAAUAAUGUAUUCGUACUAGUCACAAAAAGGCAACAUUCACAACAUUUUGACGUACCUCUUAAGAGGAAAAAAAUAUUCGUUCUUUAGCAAUUAGGGAGGGAAAAUACGGGCUAUAGCGGCUUAGAGUAGCUGAAUAUGGUGGCCUUCUAAAAGGUCAAUAUACUUGUGAAAAAAAAAGAUACGACAAUAAUAAAUUACAUUAUAUACCUUACAGAUAAAAGACUUAAAUCCUGAAUAAGUGUUGAAUCCUUCAGGGGUUUAAAUUUGUUUUUUUUUCUCAAAAAAAAAAAAUAUUAAAAUAAAAAAGAAUCAAAGAAGGAGUCAAAACUCAAAGAAAGAAGUUUAACCCUAAUUUACUGUAAUUUAGUGUAAAAAACGCAUAAAAUGGUUUCAUUAAUAAAGUCGAAUGACUCUGGAUAGAUAAAGAGUAGCGAAAUUUUUAAGAAUAUUGGUUAAGACUUGACUUUUACAAAAGAAAAUGAAAUUUAUAUUCAUGUAAAAGUGAAAAUGUUCCUCAAAAAGUUCUUUAAUAUAAUUCGGGUUUAGUCGAGAUUUAAGUCUUUUAAUCGUAAAUGGGGUAUAACUUAAAAGUAUAAAGUUACUCAAUAUUGCUGUAUUUUUUUUAAAGCAAUAAGUCAUUUAUUUUAAUUUAAAUUAAUAAGAUAUUGAGUGAUAAUUUUUAUUCGAUUUUUAACCCAUUCAUUGACACAUUUUUUAUGAUAUGAUUUGUAAAUAUUUAGGGAAAUUUAAUCUUUGACGAAGAAUUUUUGAUAAUUUGAAGAAUACAAUAUUAAUUGUAUUCUUUGUUGCAGGUUUUUUCUUUUGAUAUUUGUUAUAACAAAAAUUUUAUUUCAUCAGACUUUAAUUACCUAACAUAAAACCUCUAAGAUGUUUAUUUUAUACAAAUAUAGUAUAUACCAUACAUAAUUGGCUAAAGAAACUAGAAAAACCUUUUUUUUUUGUUUAAACUUUUUUUUCAAUUAUUUUUCUUUUGAAAAUACAUAUUUCAAUUAUCAAUCAGCGUGUUCUGUGAUGGGUUAACUCAUAGGUUCAAAAACUUUACAAAAUUCUCAAUAUGUAUUAGAAUACCUUAAUAUAAGUAAUGCAGCUAUAAAAUUAUAUACUUACCAAAAUGUAUCUCAAAACUCUUUGAAACUCCAGUCAUAUCUCUGUUGUAAAACUAAAAACAAACGAUCUGCACAUUUUUUCUAAAACUUUUAUUUCUCUAUAAAAUAUCUUUAUAUUAUUUUUUAUAAGUCAUAGAGUUUUUUUUGGAUAAAUGUUUGUUCAUGUAGUACAAAAAUAUAUGUAUAUAAUUAAUUAAUAAAAACGGGAGUUGGGUUGUAGAGAAGAAAAAUCACCAUUAAAUAAUUUUAA